UUUGUAAAGAAUAGACUUGAUUGAACAAAAAAAAUCUGGUUGAAAAAUUAAAGGAACCAAAGUAAGAAGACCAGCUGAAGAAACUGCCUCAGAAGAUGGAGAUACGAAAACAUCAAUUUCAAGCUCUGCACCUGUUUUUCAAGUCCAGCACUCAGUAGCGACGACUUGGCCCAAGGUUCUAGUGUGAUUCAUCAGGGUCAGAACUCCAUUUCAUCUGCUCCGACAAAAGCUCCUGAAUACGAGGGGGAGACAAGAGCUCAAGGAUGAAGAAAUUCAAAGGUGGUCUGUGUCUUGCACUAAAGAUGAUGGAGUGCUUUGUUUUGGUACUCGAGUAGCACAAAGAAGGAGUAGCUGUACUGGCAGAUGGCAAGAAUGCAUCAGUUUGGUUAAGCGGGACACUGGGAGACAAGAUACUACAUAGUUCUGCAGCCUGGUGUAGGACAGGUAAACAUCAAGGGAUUGGAUUUACACACAGAGCUCCAAUCCUGCUCCCUAAAUGACUCACUAAAAUGCAGCCUAACCAGUGAUCAAGCUGUGAGGGGCCCUGAUCACACACUUGGACUCCAGGCCUGCCCUUCUGCUCUAACUCUGCAGCUGGAGGUGUCUUCAGGAGCAUGAGUGUGGGAAGGAUCAACCGCUACAGCAUUGUGUCAUCUGAGGAAGAGGGCCUUCGCCUCACUACCAUGCAUGGCAUGAACGGCUUUGGCAAUGGCAAGAUUCACACACGUCGCAAGUGCCGCAACCGCUUUGUGAAAAAGAAUGGACAGUGCAACGUGCAGUUUGCCAAUAUGGAUGACAAGUCACAGCGGUACAUGGCUGACAUCUUCACCACGUGUGUUGAUAUUCGCUGGCGAUGGAUGCUGGUAGUCUUCACGCUUGUGUUUGUUGUCUCCUGGCUGGCCUUCGGCCUAGCCUUUUGGGUCAUUGCGUUGCUGCACGGAGAUCUGGAUAACCCAGCUGGAGAUGACAACUUCACUCCUUGUGUACUGCAGGUCAAUGGAUUUGUGGCUGCCUUUCUAUUCUCCAUUGAAACACAGUCUACUAUUGGUUACGGCUACCGCUGUGUGACUGAGGAGUGUCCAGUGGCUGUCUUCAUGGUGGUCUUCCAGUCAAUAGUUGGUUGCAUCAUUGACUGCUUCAUGAUAGGCGCCAUCAUGGCUAAAAUGGCAAGGCCUAAGAAGCGGGCACAGACACUGUUGUUUAGCCACAAUGCUGUCAUUGCCAUGCGGGACGGAAAGUUGUGUCUCAUGUGGAGAGUAGGGAAUCUUCGCAAGAGCCACAUUGUUGAGGCCCAUGUCAGAGCGCAGCUCAUCAAACCUCGGAUAACUGAUGAGGGGGAAUAUAUUCCUCUAGACCAGAUAGACAUUAAUGUGGGGUUUGACAAAGGCUUGGACAGGAUUUUCCUGGUUUCACCCAUCACUAUUCUACAUGAGAUAGAUGAGGAGAGCCCUCUUUUUGGGAUCAGCAAACAGGACUUGGAGACGGCAGACUUUGAGAUUGUCGUCAUCCUGGAGGGGAUGGUUGAAGCAACCGCCAUGACCACGCAAGCUCGCAGCUCUUACCUGGCUUCUGAGAUCCUUUGGGGUCACAGAUUUGAGCCAGUCUUGUUUGAGGAGAAGAACCUGUACAAGGUGGAUUAUUCUCACUUUCACAAAACCUACGAGGUGCCGUCCACCCCACGCUGCAGUGCCAAGGACAUGGUGGAGAACAAGUUCCUAGUCCCCAGCUCUAACACCUUCUGCUAUGAAAAUGAGCUGGCCUUCUUAAGUCGUGAUGAUGAGGAAGAGGAGGAAGAUGUUGGUGGUGGGAGCAGGGCACUUGCAAAUCUCAGUCCGGACCGGAACAGCCGACAUGAAUUUGAACGCUUACAGACCACCAGGGGGCUGGACCAAAGGUCUUAUCGUAGAGAGUCAGAGAUAUGACCCCUACGAACUGACCCAGGGUCAGACUUCAAUAACUUAAUCCAAGCGUAAAAAUGCAGAACAAUGCAAAGUGCCAUAGGAAGAGCUGACUACUGUUAAAGAGUGGGAAAGAAAUAUAACAGUUAAAAGGGACAUAGCUGGAAGGAAUGAUGAAAAGCAGGAGUGCACAGCUUAGAAAAUCGUGGUAAGGAAUGUCUACAAUCAAGGAAAAGGCUAAAGAAAGACCUUCUUCCUACACAGAAACUUGAAUCGUUUUUUUCACAUGGUCCUUUUGAUUUAAGAGUGCUUAAUGCUAGUACAUUAAUAACUGUUAUGACAAAACUUUAUUAACAAAUCCUAGGUGUAAAUAAAUUUCUUAGGUAAGCUAUGUUUUGUGUGCAGUAUCAGUUUCUAAAAACACCUCUGAGAAGUAGUUGUCAUUCCAACUUGUUCUUGGGCACAGAGUAUAUUGUUAUGAGGCUUCUCUUAAACUCAGCCUGCAUUCCUAUAAUUUACUGAACCAGCACUCAGCGGCAUAUUGAAAGUUUCACGCACAGCAGAAUUCAGAUACAAAGAGCCAGGGUAAAACAUGUGACCAUGAGCAGCUGAGAACAACAUAAUUGAAAAGCUUCAUUCCAGUAAUGACAAGGUCCCAAAAUCUAAACCAAACACAGAGGGAGCAGGUUAAAUUACCUGCUCUCGGAAAUAAAAGAAUGUAUUGAAUGAUUCUUGCAAGUUAUCAAUAUCAUGGCUUGGCUGCUGGCACAUAUCAUUAUAUGUGUAAAGCUUACAAAGAAACCGAAAGCAUAACUGGUGGAAAAAACAGCUUGAAUAAACAUUUAGUCAGAAUGCAGCACGUUCUGAUAUCCAGUUUUGUACUAAUAAAGUUAAUAAACAAAAAAAUACAGCAAUUUUUGAUCUUGCAAAGAAAUGCACCUUAAAAUGUACUUCCUCUUUUGCAAGGUAUCUAAUGUACCCAGUUCAGCUAAAACCUGUAUGCUAGCAGGCACAAACUAUAGUAAUUUUAUUCCAUACUUAUAUUAUGAAAAACUGACUCAAGCUGAUCACACUUAUAUUUAUUUUUUCUUUUUAAAAAUUAAUCUAUGCAUACUAACCAUAUCAGGGGACAGACAUCUCAUUACGUUUUGUUUAUGAUAAAAUUCUGUAACUACAUAGCUUUAAUCAAUAUUCACUGCUUAUAACCACAGAAAAAAAUGACAAAGUAUAUUUCUAAGAGUAAUUGUUUCAUCAAAACUCGUAAAAUAUGCACAGAAGAAUUAAAGUAUAGUUUUGAGAUCAAAGUCAAUUUGAAAUGUAUGACUAUCCAUUCAAAACACUGAUUUCAAAUACUAAACAAAAAAGAUUAAGUAGGGUGUGCAGCACAUUUUAAUAGUCCAAAUGAAAUAGCAAUUUUACAGAAAUUCUGCCUAUGU